AUGUACUGGCUCAAGCGGCCCUACCAGUGCGAGGCGGGCGGGGGCGCUCCGGGUCGCCGCGCUGCCGCCCCCCAGGAGUGGAACCUCUCCUACGCCCUGGAGCAGGGCGAAGAGGACGACGACGAGGACGACGACGAAGGGGAGGGGGCCGGCGGCGGCAGCUGCAGCGGCUCGAGGAGGGGUGGCCGCCCCCCCCAGGAGGAGGCGCACGACUCGGACCUCUCUUCCCUCUCUGACACAGACCACCUCUCCGAGCCUGAGCCCGCCCCAGGCCCGGCCCCCAGGGACCAGGGCAGCCCAGACUACGGCCCGCCUCCGCCUAAGGAAGCGGGCGGGUGUCCCCAGCUGCCCAAGCCUCCCUCAGCCCCUCCCCAGAGCGUCCUCCGGGGCCCCGGGACAGGCGUACUCAUGGGGCGCUUCCGAGAGUGGCCUCCUCCCUCCGCAGUUCCCCCACCCCAGCCAGGCCCAGAGACCGCCGGUCCUGGAGAAGGGAGUGUGGAGGGGCCAACCGCGCAACCCGACCCUGGGCGCAAAGUGGGCACCAGGAGGAAGAAAAAAGGGGCAGCAAGGCACUGGGUCCCGGAAGGCGGCCCCAGUGUCCUUCGGGGUGUUCAGGGCACCUGGCGGGGGCCUCCUUUCCAGGGCCUUCCAGGAGAUGGAAUGAAAAGUAAUGUGGGCUUCUUGGCUGCCAAUCAGGGGAGGGCAUCCAGAACCCCAGGUCCCAAGCAGCUUCCCGAAAGUCAUGGGGGGUACUGCACCUCCGAGGAGGGUGAGAUCAGUAUCACCAGCGAUGAGGAAGACCAGAAAAAGCAGCCCUUCCCCAACCCUUGUGGUCGCUGGGAGGCUGCCCCCAAGGGGGGUGGCCUGGCAGAAAAGGAGAAUGGGCGCAGCAGUAGCAGCAGCAGCAGCAAUAAUACGGUGUCCCGGGAUCCCUGGGCCCUGGCCCCCGACAACACCUGCUGCUACAUUUGCGGAAACCUUCUCUCCCUGGCCUCCCAGCACCAGAUUCAUGUUCAGAAGCAGGAGAAGACUUCCCAGGCCCCCUUCUUUCCUUUCCUGUGGCUGCACACCCCACCUCCGGGGGCCCUGCCCAUCAGCCCCGGGGGCAGCACCCUGGUGUGCUCCUGCUGUUUCUCCUCUCUCAUGCAACAGUGGCAAAGCUUUGAGCUGGCCAACGUGCCGGUCCUGCAGAGGCUCUAUGUGGUGCCUCUGAAUCCAGGGAUGCCUCCCAAAGGGAGGAGACCCCUGAAAGAAGAGGGAGCCUCUGCCGGGCCUCAGCAGGAGGCCUGCUAUCUCUGUGGGGAGGACUGUUCCCGGGAUUCCCGGACAGUGCCCACCAGGAUCAUCAAUGGCAGUGCCAAGAACACCAUGCACUUCCCUUUUGUGAACCUCCUGCCCUGUCCGCCCAAUGCCAAAGGACUUAACAGACACUGGGAAGUCCGCAGCUGCCCCAAGUGCUAUGGGGUGCUGGAGGACAUUUGGUCCAUGUACAGGGCCUGCCAGAAUGAGGAGCUCAUAAAUUCAGUGCAGAGUUUCCUGGGGAGAUACCAUCAGAUAUUUUCAGCCACAGAUCCAGGGGGGCUGGCAGUGCAUGCCUCCGUCAAGGGGGGACCAUCCUCUGUGUGCUACAUCUGUGGGGCCGAGCUGGGCCCCGGAAAGGAGUUUCAGCUCAAUGUAAACCCUCCAAGUCGUUUUGGGGAAAAGGAACCUUUCUUCCCCUUCCUUACAGUUUAUCCUCCGGCCCCCCGGGCCAGGCCCGCUGACUCCACAGGGCUGGUGGCCACCUGUGUGCUCUGCUACCAUGACCUGCUGGGGCAAUGGCUGCAGCAUGAAGGAAGAAGCGCCCACCACCCCAUCAGCGCCUGGUCCCGUCAAUACAAAGUGGAGACCUUCGUGUGCUUCUUCUGCCAACAGGAGAAGAAGCGAUGCCUUGGAUUAAAAGCAGUGCGAGUGGCCCGGCUGCCCAUGUUCCUCUACACCCUGAGAACCGGGCACAGUUUGCUGGUGGAUGAUGGCAAGCAGCUGAUCAUCGGGGCUUGUGUGGAAUGUGGCACUGUGGUGUUUGCUGGCAAAACUCUGACCCACCCGGGAGUGCUGGUCAGGGCCUCCCCGGCUGCUCCCCAGAAG